UCCUUCAAAACAUCAACAACUUCUCAAUAAGCAUUCAUACAUUGAAGCUUCCAGCCAUCAAUAUCUGUCUCAGAUCUAUUUCUGAUAGCAUUCUGCUGCCCACAGAGUCCUCACUCUCUCGCAAUGGGUGGUUUUCAUGGAGUCGUUGGAACCCAAGAUACGGGAAAGGUUCAUCACAUUACAGAAAGACUAGUCGCUUUUGAGUACAUCGCACCCAAUGCCCAAGAAAAGCCUCACAGUCUAGUCUUCAUUGGCGGUCUUGGUGAUGGCCUAUGCACUGUGCCAUACCUCAAAAGUCUUGCUACUGGCCUCGAAUCCACAGAAUGGGCACUAUUUUCACUAAUUUUGAACUCGUCAUAUGACAUGUGGGGAACUGGUCGUCUGGGACAGGAUGUUGAAGACAUCGCUCAGGGCGUCGAGUACAUCACUAAGUACAAGAAAGAAUCCUUGGGGACAAGUCAGGCAGGACAGUCACCAAAGAUUGUUAUCAUGGGUCACUCCACAGGUAGCCAGGACGUCUUGUAUUACCUAUGCUCUCCCAACCCAGUACCCACAGAUACCGUUUUCGACAAGGGACUCCGCCACAUUCAGCGACCUCCGUUAGACGGUGCAAUUAUGCAAGCUCCUGUCUCCGAUCGUGAAGCAGUCUUGGACUUACUUACUGAUGAAGAGGGAAAAUUUCGUGAUGCCGAGGGUGAAGGUCUAUAUGUGCAGCUCGUCGAAAUGGCCAAGACAUGCACCUAUUCUUCAGGAAAUGCAUGCGAUGUCAUCUUACCUCUGUCGAUGACUUCGAAGCUUGGAUACCCCCCCGCACCACUUACAGCAAGGCGCUUCCUCAGCCUUGUUUCUCCAGAUGGACCCGAAAACCCCGGUGAGGACGACCUCUUCAGCUCCGAUUUGUCUGAUAAACGGCUACAGGAGACAUUUGGGAUGAUUGCGACCAGAGACCUGCUCAAAACAAAGCUUUUGGUUCUGUAUUCAGGAAACGAUGAAUAUUGCCCAAAGAAGGUGGAUAAACUCAAGCUUCUCGAACGUUGGAGAGCAGCUUCGGAUAAGACUUUCAAGAAAAUAUGGGACGAUGAGAAUAGCGGGAUUAUUCAUGGUGCCUCACACAACAUUGGCGGCGAUGGCGAAGGGGAAGCCAGAGAGGACCUCGUCAAUCGCGUCAAAGCAUACUUGGAAGAUGUUAAGGUAUCAAAAUCCGCAUGAUCGGAGUAUUGGAAAUCAAAGGCACUGCUCAUACUGUCAGAAGCAAUAGAAGGUAAAUAAUGUACACAAAAUAAAUCCACUAAGGUCGCAAUCACAACAGAUGAGAAAGUAUGAGGACAAGUAUAGUCGCAGAAAUCCUUGGAGAAAGCAGAAUAGGCUCGUCAGAAACAUAGAGGGAGUGUUCGGGAAGAGAGCCUUAACGAGAAGAUGAUGAAACUAUCCAUCAAGCCUUAGACUCAUUAUCAGCAAGACAGCAUUAUAAUAAUAGUUAUAUGAGGAAAUAGAGAAACAGUUCCAAUUAGACCUUCAACCACAGCAUGAAGACGCCCUUGAGAUACCCUACAAUCUCAUCUCCACCAAGCUUACUAUCUCCAUACAGACGGUCAACGAAGGUGAUGGGGCAUUCUUCAACCUUGUAGCCGAGAGCCUUCGCGCGGACCAUCAUCUCCAUCUGGAAGGAAUACCCUUUGCUCUCUGUGCUUAUGAUGACCUUCUCCAAAACACUCUUCUUGUACAACCGGAAACUGCCCGUCAAAUCGCUCACGCCGGGCAUCAACAUGACGUCCGCGAUGAGAUUGGCGCCUCGAGAAGUGAAUUUCCGAAUCAAAUCCCACCCGUAGACACCACCUCGUAAGUCACCACGCUUUGCGUAUCUCGUACCUGUCACAAUAUCCGCAUUGGUUUCUUUCUGUAUCUCGAUCAUUUUAGGGAUGUAUUUCGGGUGGUGACUGAAAUCGGCAUCCAUGAUAAUCACGAAAUUUCCUGUUGCAAAUUGUAGACCGUGGACGUAGGCAGUUCCAAGACCGAGCUUGCCUGCUCGUGGCUUGAGGAUGAUGUGUUCGGUGCCCCAGACCUUUUGGAGUUGUUUUGCGACUUCUUGGGUGCCAUC